GCAGAGCCGAUAAAAGCAUCAAGAGAUCAACUUAACCAAAUCAGUUUCGUUUCAAAAACACAAUUCGCAAACGGGGCCAGCACAAGCCUUGACCAUAACUAAAACUCAAAACUAAAACUAAUGCUAGUCUGGAACGAUAAGCAGGAUAAUAAUUUCACAUUCAUUUGAGCCGAAACACGUUCCGUUUCCUAAACACGUGCCAGACAUUUUGUUGUUUGUUUUUAUUUUUUUUCGUGAGUGCAUUUAAUAAUCGUCUGCCUGGUGAUAAUGCCCAGCAGUGUUGCCAACGAAGGAUACAAGUUUCAGGCCAGUCUCAGCAGCAGCAGCAGCAGCCGCGCCAGCAGCCGCUCCAGCCCCAGCGGCUCACCGCUGGUCACACCCGACGGCGAUGUCGUAGACAAGGCACUCGCCCAGCUUCAGCUGGACAGCUCGCAGCCAGCUGGCCAGCUGGCCAAGAGCAGCCGCAAUGGCUGGCAGGUGAAGGGCUCGUCCUUGUCGCUCAAUACGCACAAUCGUAUUCGCAGCAUUGUCGAGUCAUUGAAGAUCAAUCCAAAUCCACAGAAGCCCAUGAUACCGCUGUCCAUAGGUGAUCCCACAACCUUUGGCAAUCUGAAAGCUGCCGAUGAGACCAUGAAGGCGGUCCUGCAUGCCGUGGAGAGUGCCAAGUACAAUGGCUAUGCGCACACACAUGGCCAUGAGGCGGCGCGUGUGGCUGUGGCCAAGUAUAGCGCACAUCAGCGUCCCGAGGGGCAGAUCGAUCCAAAUGAGAUAAUGCUCUGCAGCGGGUGCAGCUCAGCGCUGGAGUAUUGCAUUCUAGCGCUGGCCGAUCGCGGCCAGAACGUGCUGGUGCCGCGGCCUGGCUUUUGCUUGUAUAAGACGCUAGCGGAGGGCUUGCAGAUUGAGGUGCGCUACUAUGAUUUGCUGCCCGAGAAGGGCUGGUGUGCGGAUCUAAAGCAGCUGGAGAGCUUGAUAGACGAGAAGACAGCGGCGCUGCUUAUAAACAAUCCAAGCAAUCCAUGCGGCAGCGUUUUCGACAAGGCGCAUCUACAGCAGCUGGUGCAGAUAUGCGAGCGACAUUAUUUGCCCAUAAUAGCGGAUGAGAUCUAUGAGCACUUUGUCUUUCCGGGCUCGCAGCAUAUUGCCGUAAGCAGCUUGACGCGCGAGGUGCCGGUGCUGUCAUGUGGUGGCUUAACCAAGCGCUUCUUGGUGCCGGGCUGGCGCAUGGGCUGGAUUAUAGUGCACGAUAGGCAGCAGCGCCUGGGCAGCGCAUUGACUGGCCUGAAGAAUAUGUGUGCGCGCAUUUUGGGCUCCAAUACGCUGAUACAGGGUGCGCUGCCCGAAAUACUUGCCAAGACGCCGCAGAGCUACUUCGAUGGUGUCAUUGAAGUGCUGCAUGGCAAUGCGCUGCUCGCCUACAAAAUUCUGCAGCAAGUGCGUGGCCUCAAGCCUGUGAUGCCCAAUGGCGCCAUGUAUAUGAUGGUGGGCAUUGAUCUGGCACGCUUUCCACACAUACGCGACGAUACACACUUUGUGCAGGAGCUUGUCAACGAGCAGAGCGUCUUCUGUCUGCCCGGCAACUGCUUCGAUUGUCCUGGCUAUGUGCGCAUUGUGCUCACCGUGCCGGGCGCAAUGAUCGAGGAGGCUUGUGCUCGCAUUGCCCAGUUCUGUGAGCAGCAUUACAAAAAGGAUACGCGCUCGCUUAUCGAGCACAGUCUGCUGGUCAAGCAUAAACACUACUGAUCCUUUAGCUUUUUUGGUAUACAAUACAUUUAUUAGUUGUUGUUCGACUAGCAUUUAUAUAGAUUUGUAUAACAAACUUUAACUAUUUCAUAUAUGUAUAUUUAUAUAUAAGGAGUAUUGUCUCAAAAAAUCUUGUGCUGGAAUUGAGCUGCACACACACACACACACAAGCACACAAGCACACAAGCCCACAAACACACACACAUGCACACAUAUACAAAGUUAUAAUCUGAGCAUUUAAGUCCAAGAGUUAAUAUAAAAGCUAUAUAUAGUGGAAACACUUGUAUGCAUAGUUCGUUAGCAUUAAAUUUGUAACUAUAAAUAUGACAUAAAUAUAUAUAUAGAAUAGUAUAUAUUAGAGCAGGAAAAAAUUGGUGAGUGGGGCGGUAUUUAAAUUAUAAGCAAGUGCAUAUUAAAUUGCAUGCAUUUUUAAUUUAACAUAAUUUAUAUUUAAAUCAUUUUUUUUCUCGUGUAGACAA